GGAACGUGGAUGACGCAGUGACGUCAAUAGAAGACCCCAAAAAGUUCACAAUGAUCGACAGCAACGUAUUCGAUAGAAACACUCAACCGCUACCUCUUCAAAAGGGAAAGAAAAACAAGAUCAUAGAGCGGUAGAACACCGCACGGUUUUGCUUCGCGAUGGCGGACAACGACGUCGAUGAAAUUUUGCAGAAGUUCUUCGUCACCAUCGCUGAAAAGGACGCCGAUGCCUUCAAGUUGUACGAGGACAACAAGCGGAUGCGCGAUUUGGUGGAGCAGACGUUGCGCGCCCGUGAGGAGCUCGAGAGCCGCCACCACACAACGAUUGUACUCGUGAAGAGCUUGCAGACCGCGUUGGACGAAAAGGAACGCCUGAUUGCGGCGCAAGACAGCGAGAACGCGGCGUGGCGGGAGCACAUCGCGGAGCUCCGCGCGCUGCUGGACCGCCCAUCCGAACUCCAGCACGGCCUGGGGGAUGUCGUGGAAGAUGUGCGGAACAUGUCGGCCGAGCUGCGCAGCUUGCGGCACGCUUUCCAGUACGCGCAGUGGUGCUGUGAUGGAUGGGAGCAGUACGCGGCCGAGGCGGUUGUGCAGCAGGAAGUUCGAGAGCGAGCCGCGCUGGAAGAAACCGCAAUGACGCUGCUGGACACUCUGCGGCAACACACAAUGCAGCUGUAUUUUGUUAUGCGCGAUGCCAAGGCGCAAAACACGACGUCUUCCGGGGCUGUGAAGCAAUGGGAGGCAUGGUAUGCCACGGUCGAAGACGAACGUGCGAAGCUCGUGGAGAUGCAUGAAAAGGCCUUGCGUUUCGCAGAGCUGGAGGCGAAGGAGCAGCAAGACCGUGCGGAAGCCCUUCGACAUGAACUGAACACGACAAAAGAGACCUUGGAGUUGCAGGCACGCGACGAGGACCAUCAGUUGCAGCUGCGCAACGUAGAACAAGAGAGCUCAGCACAGUUGAUGACACUGAUGGAGGGCCGCUGCCGGUCUGCGGAAACGAAUUGGGCUGCUACAGUUCAUCAGCUGCGUUGUGUCGUUCAUCUGCUUGCCGCGGCUCAAAGAGAGAAAGACGACUACACAGCGAAGCACGAGCUGGUGCUUCUCACCCUCGAGCACACCCGGCAGCGUCUCUUCAAGCUCACCAAGCAACUCGACCAGCUGAAGCAGCAGCAGAGCGAACUGGAAGACCUGCAGCAACGUUGUAGUGGGCAGCAGGAAGACCUGCGCACUCUCCGUGAGAAAUACCUGGCUGUCACGGACAAGGAACGAAGCCUGCGGCAGCAGCUACAUAGUUCAACAGAAACUGCCGCCACGAAACUGCAAGCGGCUGAAGAAGCGGUCUCGACCAGCCAACGCCACCGCUUCUCCCUGGAGGAGCGGCUGCGCGCAACGCAAGACGAGCUGAAAGUGCUGCUGAAGGAAGUCGCAAAUCUGCGCCGGCAGAGCGAGGAGCAUCGCGCAACGCAGGCGGUGCUGCAGGCAACGCAAGAGCAGCUCCGCGAAACGGAGAAGCACUCCUUCAACUUUCAAGUCGCGUUGGACAGGCUGAAGGAGGAGCAGGAAACACAACUGCGUGCGGUAGAGGCACGGCAUUCAGACGAGCUGGCCGCGUUGAAAUCGGCGCACAGCGAAGAGCUUGACCGCGAGGCGCGAGUGGCGCGCUCGGCAGUCGAAGAAGCGGAGACGACGCUGAAACGCGCGCGGGACGCACAUGCGAAAGACAAAGAUGAACUCCAACGCGAGUUGCAGGAGUGGAUACACGAGGUAGAGGCGCAACGGCGCGAGAAGGCCGCUCAACAGGACCGACUUGACGCGGAACGAUCAGCGAGGCAGCUGCUGGAGCGUCAGUAUCGCCAAGAGACGAGUGUGGUGCGCAGCGUGAUGAUGGAGCACAGCCGCGAAGAAGCUCAGCGUGGCCCGCAACUGGCAGAAUUGGAGGUGCAGGUGCGUUCCAUGACACAACGCAACGAGCUGCUGGAAGAGGCAUGCCGUCGCAGUGCGAGCGUCAUCGCUCAGCUGCGUGAGACGCUGCAUCGCGAGCAGAUGGUGUGCCGCACCCUUCGACAGCGUGCCGCUGCGUUGACCCCAUGA